CAGAGAGGGAAGGAUGGAACAUUUUGUCCAGACUGUGAAAUUAUCACCCUGGGUUUUGCCACGUUGCUGUCUCAGCAGGAGGAACUGAAAUUCAGCAUGGGAGCAGCAAAUGAAACAGCAGUAUCUGAGUUCAUCCUAGAGGGUUUCCCAGAGCUUGAUCAAAGGCUGCAGCUGUUUCUCUCUCUGAUCCUUCUGCUCAUGUACCUGACAACAGUGACAGGGAAUGCAAUCAUCAUUUUCCUCGUGCGUGUGGAUCACCACCUGCAAACCCCCAUGUUCUUUUUCAUUAGCAACCUGGCCUUCCUGGAAAUCUGGUUUACAUCUUCCACAAGCAUCAAAUUGUUUGCCAUCCUGAGUUCUGAUCAGAAAACCAUCUCCCUGAGCAGCUGCUUUGCCCAGUCCUAUUUCUAUUUUGCCCUGGGUGGCACAGAGUGUAUCCUAGUCCUUGUCAUGUCCUUUGACCGCUGUGUUGCCAUCUGCCAACCCCUGCACUACGCUGCCACCAUGCAGCCUCAGCUCUGCCUCGGCCUGGUUGUUGCUGCCUGGGUCAUCGGCUUCACCCUCCAGAGCUACCACCCGCUCUUCCUGUCUCAGCUGUCCUUCUGUGGCUCCAACAGGAUCCCCCAUUUUCUUUGUGACAACUCCCCCUUGUUCCAGCUGUCCUGCUCUGACACCAGCCUGUUUUGGAAAAUAGACACUGCUUUCAUAUCAUGUGUUGUGUUGGGUUCCUUAAGUUUAAACCUGGCAUUUUACACCUGCAUCCUUUUCUGUAUUCUGCAGCUUUCAGCAGCCUCUGGGAGGAAGAAAAAAGCUUUUACUACCUGUUCUUCCCAUCUCAUCACCUUAUCCAUUGCAUAUGGGAGCUGCAUUGCUCUCUGUACGUGUCCUUCAACAGAUGCUUCCUUAAAGACCAACAGAAUUGUAGCUUUGCUGAACACAGUCCUGUACCCAUUCCUAAAUCCAUUCAUCUACAGCUUUAGGAACAAGGCUGUGAUACUGGCACUGAACAAAUGCAUUGCCAGGACAAGAGCAAAGCUCUUCCCCUAA